GCCCCGACGACCCGAUGUCCCAGCAAACCUGGCCCCGUCAGUCUCUGUUCAUUCAUAACCAGCAGUUGACUCCUAGCUGAGUCACCUUCAAGAGGGCUGCAUGUAGCAAUUGUUCUCACUCCUAACGAGCCGCCGCGGGAACGCUUUCCGCUGAUAUUAGAGACUACUUUUUUAGCCGCCUCCAAAAGUAGCAGAAACUCGCCCAGCGGCAUCGUCCGUCGAUAAACCUAAGGCGCUUGCUCUCCUGCUGAUAGCCCUGCUCGUCCGCUUCCGCGCUUCGAAACCCUAGAUUCUUCUUAGCAUUGCUCUCACUAUAUAACCUAAUUAACGCUCCCAAUCAUGGCGGCUCGGGACGCAGCGCCUGAGUGCGAGGGCGUGCCGAUUACUCUCCCCAAUUCCGCGCAUCGUCGAGGGAACCUUCUCAGCAUGUUCAGCCCGCGAAUCGGCGCGAGCCCGGGUCUCGUGGGCUUCACCCCGCGCUUCGAGGUCGGCGCGCGGCUCGGCGAAGGCUCCUACGGCGUCGUUAACGUGUGCCGCGAGAAGGCCGUUUUGACACGUCAGCUCUCGCGACAACCCAGCUACGGCGCUAGCAAUCUUCGCCCAAAUACCGGAGGCUCCGCCGCCGCCGCUGCCGCCGCCGCCGUCGCCGCCGUCGCAGGUGGCAGACCUGCCGCCGAGACCGCCGCAAACGGCGCCGCGAAUGGCGGCGCUGCCGGCGGAGGGGGCGGCGACAGCGAUGAGGAGGAGAUCGGAGGGCCAGACGUCGCGCGCCCGCAUAUCUGCGCGAGCGUGGAGCGCGUGGAAGAGACGGAGGCGGCGUUUCUCGCGGCGCAAAACGCGGCGGCCGGCGGCGCGGAAGGGAAAUUAGUACCAAAGGCGGCCGGCACGGAGCCGCCGGUGCCGGCCGCGGGGAGGAUGUACGCGUGUAAGACGGUGGAUAAGGUUCUUAGCGAGGAUGGCGGUGUGAGCCAGAAGAAAUUGUCGACGCGCGAAUUGGAGGUGCGAGUUAACGCGCUCAAGCACGAAAUUAAGGUGCUGAAACACGUGGGGUAUCAUCCGAACAUUGUAGCGGUUGUCGGGGUGUACAAUAACGAGAAGCGGCUGCGACUCGUUAUGGAGCUCUGCGACGCCGGGGACCUGCUGGGGCUUUUAACGAAUCCUCCCAAGAAGCCGGUAGCUAAAAACGCGGAUGUUAAUGGGGACGGAGGUGCGAAUAAGGAGGGUGAUUCUAACAAAGGAUCGGGAGGCAACGAGACGAAGCCGGAACACCACCGGGGGAAAUCUCUCAUAAAGAUAUCGCAAUUCUUCAAAGGGUUGGCUAAGGGGACGGCCGAUGCGAAACCAGCAGAAGCAGCAGGUGCUAAUUACGCGGAUGGCAGCAGCAGCGCAGCGAAGCAACCCGAAACGGUGCUGCAAACGGGGCUAUCGGAGAGGCAGACGGCGCUGAUGUUCCGGCAGCUGGUGAAAGCGGUGGAGCACUGCCACUCCAGACAGGUGAUCCACCGUGACAUCAAGCUAGAGAACGUUCUGCUGAACAACUGCCACUGCAGCAAAUGCAAGGCUGGAGCAGGAGCGGGAGAGCAGGAGAGUACGAAACAGCAGCAGCAGCAGCAGCAGCAGCAGCAGCAGCAGCAGCAGCAGCAGCAGCAGGGGCAGCAGGGGCAGCAGCAGGUGGAUCAGCAGCAGAGGGCCGAGCCCUCUACUUGCUCCGGUUACGCCGUAAAGCUCGCAGAUUUCGGGCUGGCGAAACUGCUGCAGCCGACCCAACUAAUGGCGAUGGGCAACAAGGGCAGCCAGCUGUACAAAGCGCCCGAGGUGGCGCAGGGCCGGUGGUAUACCACCCAGGCAGACAUGUGGUCCCUGGGCGUGGUACUCUACGCUUUGCUAAGUGCCAGGUUUCCGCCCCGGGAUGGGGAGGGCAUGGUGGCUUGGGACGCGGUUUCGGACCCGAGGUUGUUGUUUAAGGGGGCAAGCUGGAAGGCUGUAAGUGCGGAGGCAAAGGCGCUGGUGAGCAUGCUGCUGUCGUGGGAUUCGAAGCAGCGGCCGAAUUGCGGGGAGAUUUAUGAACACCCGUGGCUCGUGCAGCACUGUAGAUGAGAGGGGAGAGGGGAGAGGGGAGAGGAGGGAAUGCGUGUUGUUGGGGGUGGGGGGGGAAGCUGGAAGGGCGUGAGUGUGGAGGCAAAGGCGCUAGUGAGCAUGCUGCUGUCGUGGGAGUCGAAGCAGCGGCCGAAUUGUGGGGAGGUGUUUGACCAUCCCUGGCUGGUGCAGCACUGCAGAUGAGAGGGUAGAAGGGAGGAGAUGGCAGAGAGUGCUGGAUGGCCAGUGGCAAAGUGGAGUGCAGAUGGGUGGAGGGUGGAGAGCGAGAGGAGUUUGAGAUGGAAGCAGAACGAGUAGUCGCCUGACUCGCCUCUGAAGAUGGAAUGCGGAGGGAGGAGUGGGAGAGUGGGGGUUGGGGGGUGGAGGGUGGAGAGUGGAGGUGGGAGAUUUGAGACAGGCGAGGUUUACAGUUUUCUCAGAAGGUCUGUGCGCUGGCCAGACUCCACUGGAGAGGGUACAGGAGCAAUGGUACAAACCUGUUGGUAGGUAAAUGGGUUGUACUGACACCACAAGCACAGAGGAGCAUUGUUGAUUUGACACCAUAAGCAGGAGCAGACUUAGCUUUCUGCCUCCUCCCCCUCAUUCUGUUUUGUGCAAUGCCCAUGGUGGUGGGUGCUGAAAUCCGCACUUGCGUUGAGCGCUGAGUCUCUGACCUUCGUCACCCUUCAGCAGUUCUACACAACAUUCCGUAAUAGCCCGGGGUCUUCUAUGUUGGGCUGAGAAAUGCCCUUAGGAUCUUUCCAGAGACUAAGUCCCAGUCGUAGAAUGAGGCUUUGAGUAGUGCAGCGGAAGUUGAGGCAGUUGAACCCUUGUACUAGUAUAUGAGAACAACUCUCAUACCAUGUUGGGCUGAGAAAUGCCCUUAGGAUCUUUCCAGAGACUAAGUCCCAGUCGUAGAAUGAGGCUUUGAGUAGUGCAGCGGAAGUUGAGGCAGUUGAACCCUUGUACUAGUAUAUGAGAACAAGUGAUUAAUUAAA